GCAGUGAAAGCCUUAUCUUGUAGACGCUACCAGACACAGCAUCAAGUCCAGAUCACGAACAGCAGCUGAUUUCUACCGCCCAUGAGACAUGUACGAUCUCUUCCACACCACAGAUCGACGACGUCUUCAGGAAGUGCAUUGAUCGACCGCUCAUACAUAUAUGGCCAAUUCCCUGCAGUAGCCUUUCAGUCGAAUACAAGUACAGGGCCCGCUACCGAGCUCGAGAGCACCAUCAACUGGAGCCUGACUUCAACAAUGUUCCAACCAAUGUCGACGCCAGAAGCAUGGAGCACCGCUUCUCGAGCGGUGCUGUAUGUCUUGACUCUCAGUGCAAUAACCUUUGCAGCAUACUAUAUCAUCCCAUAUGUAUCCAACAAGGGCAAGAUGAAUGACAUUCCUGGGCCAUUAGUAGCCAAAUUCUCCAACCUCUGGAGUCUUUACUGGGCGAGACAGCAUCAGCUAUCGUGGGUCACGCAUGACCUUCACAACAAAUACGGAGAUUUCGUGAGACUGGCACCAGAUCAUGUCAGCAUCUCCCAUCCGGACAGCAUCAGGGAUGUCAUGGGCCACGGCAACGGUUUCACAAAAUCAGAGUUCUACUAUGCCUUUGACAACAUCCAGUCCGGCAUCUUCACGACCCGGGACCGAGCCGCACACAGCCGGAAGCGGAAAUACGUCUCGCACAUGUUCAGCCCCAAGGCCAUGGUGGGCUUCGAACCAUACAUGACCAGUGCCAUCGGAACGUUUGCCCAGCAGAUGAACUCUUUGAUUGACACAGGCCGCGCUGGUCGCUACACUGCUUUGGGGGCAGUCGAUCCGGAGAUCAGAGCGCGUCAAGGCAAAGGCGAAGCUGCUAUCGACGUUGCUCAAUGGUCAGCUUUCCUUGCAUUCGAUAUCAUCGGUGAUUUGGCUUUCGGAGAACCAUUUGGUUUCACUGCCCUCGGGCAGGACACCAACGGCGGUAUCAAGAAGCUUCGCGAUCGAGGGGAAUGGUGCGCUACGAUCGGCCAGAUGCCUUGGAUAAAAACAUGGACACCAUACUUCUUCUUCGACAGCUUCUUCACCAAAGGCCUGCAAGCGACCAAGGACCUGGCAGCCAUCGGAAUUGCGAAGGUCGAAAAGCGCAAGCUUGCCUCCCGCGACUCCUCUCGCCGCGAUAUCCUCUACUACCUCCUCUCCGCCAGGGACCCGGACACCGGCGGCGACCUGCCCGACCUCGAAAUCAAAGCUGAAGCGCUCACCCAGCUUAUCGCCGGCUCCGACACCACAGGAAACACCAUCACGCACAUGGUUGAUAUGCUGUGCCGUAAUCCUGCCGCGCUGAAAACCCUCCAACAAGAGCUCGACGCCGCGUAUCCCGACCCGGUCGAGCCUGGCUUCGUGGCCAUGUUCGAAGAUUGCAAAGACCUACCCUUUACCCAGGGCGUGAUCAACGAGACCUUGCGCCUCAGGACGACUGUGUCCGUCGGCCUACCCCGCGUCGUGCCCAAGGGCGGCGCCAUGGUGUGCGGACGCUUCUUUGAGGCUGGCACGGUCCUGUCGACGCCGACAUACACGACACACAGGGACACGCGUGUCUGGGGACCGGACGCGUUGGAAUUCAAGCCUGAAAGGUGGACUCGGCAGGGCAGUGGCGAGUUGGAGAAAGCUUUUCUGGGCUUCUCGUAUGGGCCCAGGGCAUGUAUUGGGCGGAAUGUGAGUUUUCUGGCCCCUCCCUGACCUUCGACCUUCCUGCUUCGCGUAAGAGCGGAUGUCAAGUUCUUCGAGGUGAGUAAGUUUCGCUAACAAGUGUGGCACGUCCAGGUUGCUUAUAUGGAACUCAAAAAGACGGUGGCCACUUUGUUCCGGCUUUUCGAGUACAGGCUCGUCUACCCGGAGAAGGACUCGCAUAUACGCGAAGGUUUCCAUUUGAAGUGUCAAGAAUUGCCUGCCUUUGUGAAGAGGAGGGCAUGAGUGCGGCGGCGACAAUGGGCAGGUGGUCAAAGACUUACGAUCCUAGGAAUGCAGGACAUGACGAGAAAUUGAUAAAGGAACCUACAGUCCAUUAUGAAUCGGAAUGCACUAGUUUCAGCUCGGUAUCACGGCUUUCUAACACAUCCCUGGCUGCGAACUGGGAACUGCGG